AUGUCGCCGGCGGCAGUGGAUUUUCGCUCUCCGAUCACCUCUAUACCGACCAAAUCCUCCUCUACUCCUGAAAACCCUAACCCUGUACCCGACGUGGCGUCCUCUCCCACCUUUAACCUCGGUGCUUCAAACGACAAUGGAAGUCAGUGUCAGUUCGGUCCGAGUGUGCCGUCGCGAUCGGGUCGGUCUCGGCCGAGGUUUGUGAAGAUGAGGAAGCAGCAUUCGAGGUCAAGAACUGGGUCGGGUGAGAGUGGGCCGGGGGUCAACCCGUUUUGCUUGGUAAGUGAUGGUACUAGUUCUUCCAAUGGGUUUAAUUUUUCUAAUGGUGAUUGUGGGGGUGUGGAUUUUGUGUUUGGUGCUAGAAAGAUUGGUGGUGAUGAGAAUUUGGAUAAUGGGGAGGGAGGGAGUGGUGGAAUAGUGAGAAAUUUGGAUAGUGGGGAGGGAGGGAGUAGUGAAAUAAUGAGAAAUUCGAGUUGUAAUGAUAAUUUGCAUAAUGGGGAGGGAGAGAGUUGUGAUGAGAGGGGGCAGGUGAAUACUGGGAAUGGAAGAGAGUCUGAUAAGCUGGAGAGUGUUUGUUAUGAGUGUAGUGCAAAGCAGGAUGGUCUGGGAUCUAGUUUGUGUCGGGAAAAGAGAGAAUUUUGUGAAAAUGUUAGAGCGAUCGUUUCUGAAGAUAAGUGGAAUGAAAGAACAGAGACUGAAACAGAAUGUCAGAAGGGUGAUAGCCGGGGUUUUGUGUUUAGUGCUAACAGCAGUGGUUUGAGUUCAGAUUUGAAGUUGGAUUCGAAUCAAGAAAUGAGAGUAUGUGGUGGAUAUGUGGAGAAACCAAGCGCAGAUAAUAGUGGAAAAAUGAAAAUAGAGAGUGAAGUAGGGUAUAAUGUGGGUUCUGGGCUUGGAUCUAGUCAAAGAGAUUCAGCUCCGAAGUUGAAUGCCGAAAAUGGGGAGUCUGCAAGUUUUGUGUUUGCUACUGGCUCGGAUGAUUUUGGGUCUACUUCAAAUACAGGAAACAGAGAACACAGUGAAAAUGAGGGGACGCCAGGUUGUGAUGGUAUUGGCAGUACAGAAAUUGGUAAUGAAGCUGAGGAAAAGAAGUACAAUGAUAUGGGUUUCGUGUUUGGUUCUAGUUUGAAUUCCUUGAAUUCAGGAAAGAAAAGCUCUAGUGGAAAACUGGAAAAGUUGGCUCCUGAUGUUGUUGGUGGGAAGAUGAAAGUAGAGAGUGAAACAGAGUUUGAGAAAAUGGAAGCUGAUCCUUUUAAAUUUCAUGCUGAGGAGCAUUGCAUCUCAAAUAAAGAUCAUGAUAAGGGCUUUUUUGUAUUUGGAAGCAGCACUAAGAAAGGUUCCAGUUUGAUUGAAUGCAAGGUCGCGAAGUGUCAAGAUGAAAUGAAACUGGGUAGUGAAAAUUUAGGAGAUUGCAAGACCAAUUCAGAAAGUAAUUCUUGUGGUCAGUGUUCAGGAGGUCCUUAUGUUGCCUCAGAGAAAAAUAAUGGAGAUAAUGAUGAAAGUAGUGACCAGAACCAUAUCUUAUUUGGAAGUGAUAGAAACACGGAGGAUGCCACUAUAGGAAUUUCUGGUUCCAAAAAAUUAACAUCUCAGGCAGGAAGUGAUGAGAGUGUUGAGGCAGGACAGUUUUCUCAUUAUCCAAUUAAUAAUAAUACACACCCAAAUGUGGCUGCUGCACCAGGUUCAUCCUCAUCAAUUGGUCCUGGCAUCAAAACCAAUGGUUGUGUUUCUGAAGCAGCAUCUGUGGGUGGAGUAAGAAAGAAAGAUGAAAAUAGUUCUACUGGCACUUCAGAUGGUUUUGGAGUGUGCUUUGAGGACUUGAAAACGUCAUUUUUGGAUCCUUCCUGUCUUAGAGCAAAUAUUUUUCCUGAAUUAAAUAAAACUUCGGAGUUCGGUGUGAAGGGUAGGUCAUUUAGGGACAAAAGAUCAAGGAAACAAAGGGGAAAGUCGAAGCUGAGUAAGCAAUGGCCAGUUCAAGGUCAUGUGCCCAAGGAAAGUAGUUCCCAAGGAAACCCAGACCCUUCUGGAUUGCACCCUGUGGUUGCUGCAGGAAGUGGGUUGGAUGACAGAGGUGAUCAGAUAUGUAAACAGCCCAUUGAGGAGAAUACGAGGUAUCAUAGUGAGAAAAUCUUUUUCCACGAUUUUUUGUGGAAAGGUUCUGGUUCUGGAGCUGAACCUGAAACUCCCUGCUUUAGUUCCAAAAGUAAGCAUGUGAGUAGUAUCAGUGGUGCCGGUUUGGAUUCAGAAGAAGCUAGAGUUGGCAUUGGCUUAAAUAUAGAGAGACAAGAAAGUGAUUGUAAAACACCAUUUUUUGCUUCAGGUUUUGAAAAUAUGAAAGAUAAAUACUUCACAUUUUUGGCAUCGUCUUCUGCUCAAGGUAGCUCAAUGAUGGCAAAGCGCCAACAGCGUAGAAAGAAAAAUAGGAUGAAAGUUGGUCACAAGACGUUUGUUAUAACUCCAAGUCCGAAUGUUGAGUUUGGAUCUUCUGACCUAUUUACCCUCCACUCUAAGGAAACUUUAUGUGCAGAUGUAGUUGGUAAAUCUGAAGCAAAUGAACAAUUUAAGCAAGUGAAUAUCUCUUCUAGUGCUGCUACUCAUGAAACCUGUGAGAAAUGGCGGAUCAGGGGAAACGAAGCUUAUAAAAAUGGAGAUCUUUCAAAAGCUGAAGAUUUUUACACACGGGGAAUAAUUUCUAUACCUUCUAAUGAACGAUCAGGAUGCUGCCUUAAGCCUCUUUUGCUAUGCUAUAGCAACCGUGCUGCAACAAGAAUGGUUCUUGGAAGGAUAAGGGAAGCUUUAGGGGACUGUGUGAUGGCUACUGCAUUAGAUCCCAACUUUCUCAAAGUUCAAAUGAGGGCUGCUAAUUGCCAUCUUCUGCUCGGUGAAGUUGAAAUUGCACGGCAGUACUUCAAUAAGUGCUCAGAAUCAGGAAGUGGUGUGUGUUUGGAUCGAAGAGUUGUAAUAGAUUCUGCAGAUGGCCUACAAAAAGUUCAGAAAGUGGUCGAGUACACAAAUCGUUCUGCCAAGCUGCUGGACCAGAGAACUACUGAUGCGGCUCUCACUGCUUUAGAAAUAAUUUCUGAGGCCUUGUCAGUUAGUUUAUACUCGGAAACAUUGCUUGAAAUGAAAGCAGAGGCUUUGUGUUUGUUAAGGAGGUAUGAAGAGGCGGUUCAGUUGUGUGAGCAGAGUUUGUUUUUUGCUGAAAGGAAUUUCGCUCCACUGAACAGUGUUAGGUUGUGGAGGUGGUUCUUCAUAUCCAAGUCUUACUUUCAUUUGGGUAGGCUUGAGGCAGCUCUUGAUUUACUCGAGAAGCUAGAUGAAGUGGAAUCUACUAAAGACAUGUAUGCAAGUAAGACAUUGGAAUUAGCGGUUUCGUUAGCUGUCACCAUACGCGAACUUUUAAGCCACAAGAAUGCAGGCAAUGAAGCAUUUAGAUCAGGAAGAUAUGCAGAAGCAUUGGAACAUUAUACUGUUGCUUUAUCUAGCAAUUUCGGAUCUCGUCCAUUUUCAGCCAUCUGUUUGUGCAACCGUGGUGCAGCACACCAAGCUUUGGGUCAAAUUACUGAUGCCAUUGCAGACUGCAGUCUUGCCAUUGCUCUUGAUGGAAAUUAUGCAAAGGCAGUUUCUAGAAGAGCUACCUUACAUGAGACGAUACGAGACUAUGGACAGGCAGCUAGUGAUCUCCAAAGACUUAUAUCCAUUCUAGAAAACCAAUCUAAUGACAAAGCCAAAGAGUAUAGCUCAAAAGGUAGAUCCAAUGGCAGUGUAAAAGAAUUACGGCAUGCUCAUCGACGAAUGCCUUUGAUAGAAGAAGAAGCUAAGAAAGGAAUCUCUUUGGAUUUUUAUCUCAUUUUGGGAAUUAAACCAUCUGAUGCAAGCCCUGAUAUCAAGAAGGCUUACCGGAAGGCAGCUCUCAAGCAUCAUCCAGACAAGGCUGGCCAAUUCUUGGCCAGGAGUGAGAGUGGAGAUGAAGGGCAACUCUGGAAAGAAAUCUCUCAGGAGGUUCACAAGGAUGCUGACAGGCUCUUUAAAAUGAUUGGAGAGGCAUAUGCAGUACUUUCAGACCCUGCUAAGCGCUCACAAUAUGAUCUUGAGGAGGAGAUGAGAAAAGUAGAAAUUGAAAGCAAGGAAAGCGGCAUUUAUAGAAAAUCUUCAGAUUUUCAGAGUCCUGGACGCAACAGUUAUAGAAGACCUGAUUUCCAUAGCUCUCCAUUUGAGAGAAGUUCUAAUAGUCGGACCUACGGCAGGGAGAGUUGGAGAACAUAUGGAAAUUCGUAUUCUCGAUGGUAAAAGGGAAUUGGAAGAUUUGAGUUUUUCGCACAAGUGCACGGCAUGUUUUUAAAUGGCCCUAGUUUCAUAGGGGAUCGAUGGAAAUGUGCUGGCUGCUAGGGCUCAGGUAAUUAUUCUCAUAAUGGAUCCAGUCAAACGUAGCCGCAGUCUUUGAUCUGAAAGCUAGCUUUGAAUGGAUAUCAAGAUGUUGAGCCUGGUAUCUUGUAUAUCUACAGGAAAAGAAAUGAGAGUUUUGGUCAUAAUACAACAGCAAUGUUUAUACGUUUACUACCUUCAAAAUACAACGAUCAACACCUCAGUCCUGCACCUCCAAUGCUCGGCAAGUGCUAGCGAUUAUGGAAGAAGAGCUGGAAUUCUUUGGUUUACAUCCAUUUUGAUGGAAAACAAACAGCGAGGAUAAAUAAUUGUAAAAUUUUUACGUGUUUGUACUAAUUGAAUAAAUGAGUGAGCCCAUGUUAUAGAUACUUGGAUGGUGCCUUAUAAAAAUAUGUAGCCCCGUACUUCUCU